UUGAUAUAUAAUAUAACGUCAGUAACGUCAACUGCUGCCCCAUUGUGGCUUCAUUGCUGCAUUUUGUCCAGUAAGUGACGACAAAUAGUAUCGCAAGUCGAUGCUAACAAGCUGCAUUUUAUAAUUAUAAAUAAUUGUACAAAUAUUUCGAUGAAUAAUAUAUCAAGAUUAUUAUGUUACGAAAGGAUUUUGAAAUAUUUAGUUUACAUAAAUACAGGGUAGUGCACAUUUAAUCUCCAUGGCUAAGGACAAGAUUAGAACUUCUGAAUCAGGCAAUAAGAUAACCUUCAAAAGUGGGGAGACAUAUACUUCAGAGUUUGAAAUCAAUGAGAUACCUCCUAGUGCUAGAACUCUACUCACUAGAGGUCAUACACAAGAUGAAAUUAAUUUUUUUUCUGGUGCUACAGUAUCAACGCGUGGACGUUUUAUGACUGAACAGGAAAAAUUACGAUGUCCUAAUGAACGGCCUUUAUACUUGUUUAUACAAGGACAGUCUAAACUUAGUGUUGACAUGGCAAUACAAAAAAUUAAUGAAAUUAUUAAGAAAGAACAUCAAAGUUCACUAAAUAGACCAAGCCGAUUUACCAAUGCACCUCCACCACUUAUGAGUUUACAUUCUGGAAUUACAUCAGUAGAAAAAAUAUGCAUCGGUAUAGAAAAUGCACCACAAGGAUUUGAUUUACGAGGAAGAAUUAUAGGCCCUGGUGGAGCUAAUUUGUUAUAUAUAAGAGGAGAGACCGGUGCAAAUGUAUCUUUAAGGGGUAGAAGCUCACAAUUUAUUGAUCCUGUAUCAGGAUCUGAAUCUCCUGAACCACUUCAUUUACACAUAGAACAUCAAAAACCAGAAGCAUUACAAAAUGCAAAACAAUUGGCAAUUAAUUUAAUACAAACAAUGCAAUCUGAGCUGCAAAGUUAUAUACAGCAACAACCACCACCAGUGCAAUCUCAACAAGUUAUAGAACAACCACAAAUACAGCAAUCACAGUUUCAAACUAUGAACAUUGGUACUUUAGGGCAACCUAAUGUUGUUACAAUACAACAUCAAGAUAUAAUACAGCACCCUCAAAGUAAUGUGGUAACUCUACCAGCAACUAUUUUAACAGCAACGGUAGCUGGAGCACCAGGUCCUGGAGUAACAGUUCCUCCACCAGGAGUACAUAUUCCACCUCAUUCAGGACCAUUGGUACCUCCUUCCCAAAGUCAGGAAAUACAGACUUUUAUGCCGCCACCACCUGUUGGACAAGUACAAUUAAUUGGGCCUCCAUCAAGUGUAAGUCAAGUGCAAUAUCAGAUUCAUCCUGGUCAACCGCUACAAAUUCAAGGUAUUCAACCAGGAUCACAAGCAUCACCGCAGCCUGUUACUCAAAUGUAUGUUAUGAGUCAACCACCACCACCAAGUCCAGCUCAACAAAAUUACAUUUCAACUGCUAGUGUGCCAGUUAGUGGGGCAGUGUCAUAUGUUUAUACCCAACCAAGUGUACAAAGGCCUGCAACACCUUCGCAAGGGAUGAUUGAGACUGUCAAUGUUAACUUGCAACAACCACCACCAACAGCUCCUCUCAAUAUAUCUCAACAACCUCCACCUCCAUUAUUACAUCUUCACUUUCCUCCACCUAACUUUCCUCCAAAUCAACCACCACCUCCCGUGCCUCAGACUUAUCAAAUACAAUAUCAGCAGGUACAGGCGCCUGUGUCACAAUCACAAGCACAGUUCGUUCUACAACCUGGUGAACAUAUUGUGCCACCACAAAUACAACAAAAUCAUGAACAACCUCAAGCAGUAGCACAACAUAUGAUCCCACCUCAAUUCGAGGGUCAUCCUCCACAAUUUCAUUUACAAGUUCCACCACCAUCUACUCAAACCUUUUUGGUUCCUAAUGCUCAAUCUCCUCAACAUCAUCAGCAACCUCCAUUACCACAAGGAGGUGAAAUUCAGCAUCAACAAGAUGAACAAGGUCCACUACCACAGCCGGUACCUCCUCCGCAAAUAGUACCUCCUCCAUCAGUGGCACAAAUGCAAAAUUCAAUGAAUGUUCUUACUAGUGUUCCUCCGCCAACGCAGGCACCUCCUCCUCCUCCACAAAAUGCUCCAUGGCUCUAUCAAACGCAGCAACCGCAGCAAAUACCUCACUCCCAGGGUCAGCUACAGGUACAAAUGCCACCUGGAAAUAUGCCACUUCAUAAUGCACCACCGCCACAAAUACAAGCCCAAAUACAAUAUCAUACUCCCCAUAUGCAAUAUCAAAAUGGGCAUAUACCGGCGCAAGUACAUUAUACAGUACAAACACCUCAACAUCAACCAUUUGAACAAAAGCCAGAUUCCCCUGAACAACAGAAACCUCAUGGAGUGAAGAGAAGGUUUUCUGAUAUUGAAGGAAAUCAGGAACCACCACCAUAUCAAUGUGGCCCUUUACCUGCUCAACGUCAUGGCACAGGAGAAGGUGAACGUCAACAGCAAGUCUUACAUGGUCCAUCGCCAGCAGGUGCCGGUCUACCCCAUGGAGAUCGAAACAAGCUGCUAAUGCCACCUCCACAUCCAGGUGAAAAGCGUAACAUGGAUCCCAAACAUACGGGAUUAAAUCCAGGUAACGAGUCAGUAUUACUCGCUGAAUCUGGAGGUAUGAAUCCAGCUACUGGAGGAGGACCACCUUUACCACCAUUACCACCUCCACAAGCACCUUGGCAAUCUCAUCAUAUCAGAGCUCCUUGGGGUAGACCUCCGCCAAUGCCAAGAGAGGAACAUCACACGUUGUGUCCACCUAAUUUACCACCUACGAAUAUGCCACCACCACAGAUAAGACCAAGAGGUUAUUUGGAAGGUAAUCGUUCUCCUAUUCAAAAUACGGUGAUGGAUCAUCCAUUGAACAUCGAGUACAAUCAAAUACCACCGCAUGCUGCAAAACCAGCACCUUACAAUUCGCAUCCAUUGAUGCAAUCUAUUUGCAAUCCACCUCCACCACCACCACCCCAUCAACAACAACGGCCUCAACAUCCGGCGCAAAUGAUGCCGCCGCAUUAUCAAGUGCCAAUAUCUCAAGCAUAUCAACCACCUACACCCUGUCCACCAUGGAUGAAUUAAAAUUAUU